CUAGGUUACAUCAUCUCGCUGCUCGCAGUGACCGUAACAAGCGCCCCUCCGUCGCCCUCGCCGCCACCCUUGUGACCGCAGUGCCGGGAGGAAAGGAUUGCUUGAGACACUCAGUGGAACAUAAUCACCGCAAUGUAGCUAAGUGGAGUGCGGUGGACGUCCGAGCUCUCACUCUCACACACACAUGAGGAAGCCCACACCUCACGCAGGUCGUCGGUCGCUCUGUCUCGCGCUGACCGCUCCACUACAACCACCUGUACGCCCUCUCUCCUGCACCAGCAGUGCUCCACCUUGACUUUUCCCCUUUGCGAGUGUGCCGUGAACCCAAACAGUGAGCCAGGAUGGAUAUGAGUGGCAUGGACCAGGCUGGGCAGGCCGCAGGGGGCUAUAUGAACCGGUGGUACGAUGGCUCAGAAGGAGGCCACUCGGGACUGCACCAGGACUACUACAACAGUAUGGCACAAGCUAUGCACUGUGCAUAUGGCAACAACAUGGCCGCCAGGAUGGGCUCCGGACAGGUGUUCCGCCCGCACUUCGCCUCCCCGCUGCACCCGUGGCUCGGCGGCGACAAGUCCGUGGUGGGCGGCUCCUCUCCGUCAUGGCACUCGCCCUUCACAAAGCCCGCCCACUACGCCCACGCCCACUCCUCCACCUCGCCCGCGCCGCACUCCAACUCCUACUCGUACACGUCGUCGGGGCUGUUCGCGUCGGCGUUCUCCAAGGACGAGGGCAUGGCGGGCGGCGCGGGGGGCGGCGCGCCCGUGUCAGACUACUCGAUGGCGGGCGGCGGCGGCGACGGCUCCGACCUGAAGAGCGCGCCCAUGCUGUCCCCCCUGGGCGCCUGUGCCAACAAAAGCGGGCGUGAAGGUGCGGGUUAUUCCUCGACCUCCGGGGGCUCCGGGGGAGGGGGGGCGGGGGGCGGCGGGGAGGCCUCGGCCACGCCCCUGCUCCCCUCGUACCCCCCCUACCCCGGCACCCUGGGCGGGGGGCCAGAGUUCCCCAACCCCUACUACCCGCCCUCCUCACACUUCAACAAGGCGCUGGCGCACGACAAGCCAAAGUCCAAGCCUCGGUCCUCCGCCGAGGGGCGCGAGUGCGUGAACUGCGGCGCCACGUCCACUCCGCUGUGGCGACGCGACGGCAACGGCCACUACCUGUGCAACGCCUGCGGCCUCUACUACAAGAUGAACGGCCAGAACCGCCCACUCAUCAAGCCCAAGCAGCGCAUGUCAGCGCAACGGCGGGCAGGGACCAGCUGCGCCAACUGCAAGACGACCACAACGACGCUCUGGCGACGUAACCAGAACGGAGAGCCGGUGUGCAACGCCUGCGGACUCUACUACAAACUACACAAUGUGCCUCGGCCGCUGUCCAUGAAGAAGGAGGGCAUCCAGACGCGGAACCGCAAGCUCAGUUCCAAGUCGAAGAAGAAGAAGGGCAUGCUGGGCUUCCCCGACAUGCUGAAGCCUCUGGACAAGGGCGGCUUCGGCGGCUUCGGCACCGGCGGCUCCGGCUUCGGCUCCAUGUCCCACUACAUGUACGGCGGCCAGAUGCACGGCUCCUCCAUGGCGGGCGGCUUCAUGUCGGCGCCGCCCAUGCACGGGAUGUCCGCCAUGUCGGGCGUGGGGCUCGGCCUCUCCUCCACCUCCCAGAUCCAGAUCCCCUCCGCGUCCAGCUUAGGUCUGUCGUCGUCUAACAGUAUAGUGGGCGCGAUGGCCUAGGGACACGCCUCCGCCGACGGCCGCAGCAGUUUGCUAGCCAGUCUCAGCCGCGAGGGCGCCGCAUCCUUCACCUCCGCCCCCCAGUCCAUGGAGCUGGCGGAUCCUCAGCCCUCGUUCAGCGGCGCCCACUUGUACCCCUCUGAGAGCGCCGCCUCCAGUGGGAACACCAGUGGAAGAGGCGGGGUCGGGCAAGCAGGGUGUGGGGACGGGGGCGGCAGCGGUGGGUUCCUGGGCUCGAUGCCCCCCCACCUGGCCUCCUCGUCCGCCUCCUCCUCCGCCACCUGAUGCGGUGCUCGCAGUCGUCGUGCGGACCAACAGCACAGCCCAACCGGCGUCCAUGUCUUUCAGGUGCUAGUGAUAGGCAGUGUGUCCAGGGUGUGCGCCGCCGCCACACUCCAAUACUCCAGCGUACUCUUCACCUCAUUCCACUGACACUGUGAUUUUCAUAACCUUUCUGAGGUCACUAUUUAUUUGAGGGUCGCGGGAGACAGAGCUGGUCUCUAGGGGACUGCAGGACCAAGUCUUCCCUGGCGCCGCCUCACACACACACACACACACACACACAGUGGAGACCAUACGCGAGGAACCCAGAUCCUCCAUGCCAUUAUUCAGGACUCUCGAGCCGUGUGGUAUAUAUGUACAUAUAUACUUAACCGAACUUUUCGUUCUCCCGAACAGUAUGGACUCGAACCCAGUGUUAAGUUGAGUCAGCCCUUCUCAUUUCAGCCCCUGCGGCAGCGUGCGGGUAUUACGGCCCUCUUGUUUUACCUUUACUUUGCACAGCGGCAAGGUCGGACUCUCAAGUCCUCUCUUAGAAACUUCAAAUUAACCCCUGGCUUUUAAAGUCGGUUUCUGAUAUUAGUAGCAUCUACUAAACAGUGAAUAACGUAUAAAACCUUGAGCCAAUGUAAAAGUUCAGAAUGACUCCUGGCCGGGAAGAGGUCAUGAGGUUUGUUUUUGUUUGUUUGUUUGUUUGUCAGAUGGCGCACGUGGCGUGUACAGUACGAAUGGCGAGUUGUAGAUAAGUGACUGAAUGUAAAUUUGUUUAUCUCUAUAAUUACUAGUCGGCUAUUUUUAUUAUAACGUGUUUCCCUAUUGGAUUACCCUGGCCAAAACAUUGAGUAAUGUGAUGCAUAUGUUUAAUAAGAAAUUUGCUUGUGAUUAAUAUAUAUACAUAGAUACAUAUAUGAUUUCUCUUGUACUAAAACAUAUGUAAAUUGGCAUAAGUAUAAGAUAAAAUGUAACUCACGUGACAGUGGAUGCACGACCGGGACAUUCAACACACGCAUUUCUGGGAACACAUUUUUUUUUCUUUCGUUUUUCUUCAUUUUUCUUGAACAUCAGUUGAUUUCCUCCUUCAACGUGCGGCGUGCUGAGUGCCGAGGUCCCCAUCUACGUCACGGCAAGGUCACUGGCUAGGGUAAAAAGAUAUUUCUGUGGUUUCUGAACUAUUUAUGUAGUGCGCGACGAUGCUUUCUCUGUGAAGUGUCUCAUUUGUUUUAACCAUGAAUAGCAUUGAGGAGAAUAUUGCAUGUAUUGUUGAUGCGGUCGUCGAUCACAUAGCUCUUCUGUAUCGUGUCAAUACGGUUCACAGACUGAACUGUUUGCAUUGAGACGAUAACCUUUAUCGACAUGGUCCUCCAAGAGCUGUCGCCGGCGGUGUUGUCACUUGUAACUCCAAACUGUCAGGAGAGAAUUUUUUUUUCUCCCUUCGGUCAUGAAAAAGAAAAUUAUCUCUGUUGGAGGACACGGGAUUAUGAACGCUAAUGAAGGGUAUAGUAUGGUUCAUUAUGUUGAAAAAAAGGAGAAAUAAAAAUCUGAAAUGCUUAUAAGAAGAAACUGUACAAAAAUCAUGUCUCAUCUUAUCACAACUUCAAGUUUCAGGAGUAUGAGAAAUGAUAUCGACUUUUUGUAUGUAAUUAAACCUAUUCAUAACUGCUGUUGUUUUUAAGAGAAUGAAUCAGCAAAAUAAAUAACCUAACAGAUAUAUAGCCAUACACAUCCUUCAGUGAAUAUCGUAAUUCCAGUGUUCCUUUACAGCAAUCUUGGGACUACCAUUUUCAUAACUUUGUAAGUACAACAACGUUUGUGAUUCUGAAAUAAAUAAAAAAUCUGUAUGAAUAAAAACCUUGACCAAAUGCUUCCGUGUUAAUUAAUUAAAAGGCGAACACUUCAAGUCACAACGAAAUUGAAAUCUAAACAAAUGUGUAUAGAAGAAAAAAUGGCAUCACAGUAUUUAUGUUUUUGAUUUAAUAAAGAUUUGUAUAAUGA